AUGAGGCGAAGCUCAAGCACUGCGAGAAACAGUGAUCGGCAAUCUAUGAUGGCACUGAGAGUGCAGGACAACAACAAGAUGGGUCUUCAAACACCUCAGAAGAAGGAUGAAGGUAUGGCUGGGAAGCUAAGCCUGAGCAGACCUACACCUGGAACUUCAGAAAGAAAAGUCAGCUUUUUUGGGAAGAGAACCAGUGGGGCUGGAUGUUCACGGGACAGUCAGUGUGGUGUGUUCAGUACAGAAAAGAUCAAGGAUCCCAGGCCUCUUCAUGACAAGGCAUUCAUCCAGCAAUGCAUCAAGCAGCUUUGUGAGUUUCUUGUUGAGAAAGGUUAUGCCCAUAGCGUUUCCCUGAAAUCACUACAGUCUCCAUCAGUUAAGGACUUCUUAAAAAUCUUCACCUUUAUCUAUGGAUCUCUCUGCCCUUCUUACAAGCUGCCUGACUCAAAAUUUGAAGAGGAAAUUCCCAGAGUUUUUAAAGAGCUUGGGUACCCCUUUCCUUUGUCAAAAAGCUCCAUGUACACAGUGGGAGCACCACACACGUGGCCUCAGAUCGUGGCAGCUUUGGUUUGGUUGAUUGAUUGUGUCAAGCUGUAUGCUGCUGUGAGGGAAAAUGCGCCGUCGUUUGAUGAUGGACAGAACUGGGGAGGAGAGAUGGAUGAUGGAGUUGUACAUCAUAAGCUUUUCAUGGACUACGUUGUGAAGUGCUAUGAGCAGUUCAUGAACGGGAGAGAUACUUUUGAAGAAUUGGAUGCAGAAGUGCAGUCCAAAUUAAGGGAUUUGUUUAAUAUCAAUGAAUCCCAGAUAGAAUGUUUAGCAGCUGACAACAAAAGACUUCUGGAAGAGAUUGCAAGACUAGAAAAAGAAAAGGAAAGUGAGCCGGAUCGUAGAGUAACUCUACGAAACCUGAAAUCGUCUCUUGAAGCAGAUGUCCAGAAAUACCAGGCUUAUUUGACCAGUCUGGAAUCGCAUGUAGCCAUGCUUGAUCAAAAACUGGAAGGUGUUAAUAAGGAAGUUGAGACAGCAGAAAUGGAAGUAGAAGCCAUGAAGCGAGAGAAUGCCCGGCUCCAGCACAUCUUUGAUAACCAGAAGUACUCAGCGGUGGCCAUUGAGAGAAUAAAUCACGAGAGAAAUGAGUUGCAGCAGACGGUUACCAAGCUGACUAAGGAAGUGGAAGCAGAAGAACGUCAGCUGUGGAAUGAAGAGCUAAAAUAUGCUAGGGGUAAAGAAACGGUGGAAAUGCAAUUGGCAGAGUAUCAUAAACUGGCUCGAAAGCUGAAAUUAAUUCCAGUUGGUGCUGAGAAUUCCAAAGGCCACGACUUUGAGAUUCAGUUUAAUCCUCUGGCGGGACCAAGUUGCCUGGUCAAAUACAGAACUCAGAUCAAGGUUCCUCUUAUGGAGAUCAUAAACCAAACUAAGGAAGAAAUCAGGAAAGCUAAUGACCGGAAAAUGACUUUGGAGGAUACUUUGGAUCAGGUGUGUUGGUUAAUAAAGAUUAGGACUAAGAUACC